AUGGGAGUUUUCCCAGAAAGCUAUGAGAUUCCUGUAUCUAGACUAAUCAAAUUAUGGGUCGCUGAGAGAUUUGUGGGCCCAUUUGUAAUUGAAACGGAUAAGGUUGCAGAGAAAUAUCUUAUGGAACUUAAAGGUAGAAAUCUUAUUUUGGUUGGACAAAAAGGAUCUGCUAAUGGAAAAACUAAAACCUGCAGAAUGCAUGAUCUUUUGAAAGAGCUCUGCGUGAGGAUGGCUCAUGAAGAGGAUUUUCUUUAUGUCAAGAGCAGGCAUCAGCGUUUCCUUCUAGAAGAGGCAAGUUUCAAGCGCCGUCUGAGUAUUCACCAUGAUGCUUCAUAUAGUGGCAGUAAGGAGGACAUUACAAUGCAAUCAAUGUAUAAUGUCCGUUCAUUUAUUUAUAAUGGUUGGGAUGAUACUCGAUUACAUUCUUAUUAUUAUUUUGGUUGUCGAUUGCUGAAGGUAUUGGAUAUGGUGGGAUUAGAGCUUAGCGGGUUCCCACAGGAAAUACUACUACCAGUUAACUUGAAGUACAUUGCUCCCAUUUGUCAUUCUGUGAUUCCAGCUUCUAUUACUCUCCUUUGGAAUCUACAGACUUUAAUUAUUGAAGAUCCAGGGGGAAUUGCAAGUGAACUGCCCAUUGAAAUUUGGAGUAUGCAAAAGUUGAGGCAUCUCAGAUUCUCUCGAGUCUUCCUGCCUGCUCCUUCCUCGUUUUCCCCAAAUGCUGAAAACGAUUUGGAUUAUGACAUUAGUAAACUAACUUCAAACUUAAAGAAAUUGGGAAUUCAUUAUAAUUCCAAGUCAUCUCACUCUCUCAACCAUUUUUUCCAUCUCCAGAAACUAGAAACACUGAAGAUUCUCUUUGACAGGCCAGCAGAUUCCACUUUUGCUCGGAGCAUCAAUUUACCGUCAAGUCUCAAAAAGAUAACUUUGAAGCGUGGUAGAAUUGAUUGGGAAUACAUGAGUAUUUUUGGUUCCUUGCCCAAUCUAGAAGUUCUGAAAUUGCGUGAGUUUGCCUUCCGGGGCAGUGAGUGGUUACCAAAUCAAGGGGAAUUUCUCAAACUAAAAUUCCUGUUCAUUUGGGAGACAGAUUUGGUGCACUUGUUACCAACAGUAAUCAUUUUCCAUGUCUCGAGCACCUAA